AAACUUGAUCAAUAUCGAUAAUAUAUUGCCACCCGUUCCGUCUUCCUCUAGCUAGACGUGAAUGCAUUCAUGUCCGCUGGCCGACCAGAGUCACAAAGAAGUUGAUGGACUCCACAGACCACAUAUACACUACAUGACAGCGCAACCACACACCAAAUGUCUAUCCCCUCGCAGGCCUUCUCAGCUCCUGUCACAUCACACGUCCUUCCCCCCUCCGGAUCAAGUGUCCAACAGCCCCCUCUCAUUGACGGCCUUCAUCGUCAGCAGCACCAGCUGGGAUAAAGGAAUCACCUGCGGCGGCACAGCCACGUUCUCCGUCGCAACACCGCCCUGGUUGCCGCGAGUCGCCAAGCUGCGGUCGAAUGGGACAUACGAUUGCCGGUCGCCGGUCUGUUGCCCCUUCACUGUUGUACUCACAAGCCCCUGCAAAGCUGCAUCGGCCGCAGACGUCGAAGGGCCCUCCACCUCACUGUCUCGACGCACAGACACCACCUGACAAACGAGAGGAAAACCACUUCAGUGCGCGCACAGAUUGAGCCUGUGUGCAUGUGGGGCUUUACUUACCCCAAGUGUGCGGAGCGUCAGCCACACGCAUCGAAUCCAGCGUGCCCGUGCCUCCUUGUCGUCCUGAGUCAGCCGCUCCAGCGGAUUCCUCUCACAGUGGAUCUCACCCUCUACCUGCGGACAGGCACCCCAGCUCAAUGAAUGAGGAUCUCUCCUCAUCUCCAUCGGCCGACACCUUCGUACCUGUGUUUCAAGCUGAAGCUGCACGGGAGAGCAGCCGCCGUAGAUGAAGACAUCCACACACUCCUCCACAAAGUCGCCAAGCGCCUCGGCCAGAGAGCGUCCCCGAUUAUGCAGACACGCCUCCCGAUAGUAGAGGUUGAGCGAUCUGGCGCUCUUGUUGAGAUCAAAGUCCGGCAACAGGGUGCUCAUCAUCAGCAGACGCCUCGACAAGUGCCGCUUGCUGAUGCCGACUGAAGAAGAGGGCACGAUGCGGCUUCGAAGCACGAAAGAUGUACAAGGACUCAUUGCAGACGGCUGACGAGGGCAUGCAGGGUUGGCUCGGCAGUCUUGCCGCCUGGCAGAGCUCCCCGCCGGCUGAAUAAGCACCACACUCAUCACCUGCCAUAAGAUGUUCAAGAUCUUCAACCAGCGAAUGAGCGGUGAGAGUGAGUGACGGCGCCGUGCGUUUGGGGCAUCCAUUUCAUUCAUGUGGCCUUGGAGAAGACCUCUGUUGCUUCCUCUCCCUCCCG